UUUUUCUGUCGCUGUCGCCGGGGCCGGCGCCUCUUCCCCGGCGGAGCCCGAGCUUGGGGGGAGACAUCGCGGGGACCAUGAGGGGGCUCGGGGCCAUCGCGGUUUUGGGGUCGCUCCUGCUCCUGGCUGAGGCUCAGCGGAGAGCCUCGGGCCGGAGCCGUGGCCGGAGCCCGGCGUGGAGCGGGCGGCCGGGGCCGUUCCGAGCCUGGGACUCGGAGCUUUACCAGCCCUGGCGGGACGGGACCCGCGACUGCUGGAGAGGUGGCGAUGUCACCUUCGACAUCAGCAACGACGCUCCCACCAUGGCGGGUGCCGAGGCCACCUUCUCCAUCGCCCUGCGCUUCCCGGGCAACCAGAGCGUGCUGCCCGAUGGCCGCGUGGUGUGGAGCCAGAACUGCACCGUCAAUGGUCAGCGAGACCCCGGCACCGCCCCCAAAAUCCCGGGCUGCACCAAAACCCACCCUGAACCAUCCCAGAACCUUCCUGAACCAUCCAAAACCUUCCUGAACCACCCCAAAACCAUCCUGAACCACCCCAGAACCUUCCUGAACCACCCCAGAACCGCCCCCAAAAUCCCGGACUGCACCAAAACCAUCCUGAACCACCCCAGAACCGGCAUCGAGAGCGUGGCCAUCGUGCAGGUGGUGCCCGAGGACAGCGGCAGCAGCGUGGAGCUGACGGUGACCUGCGAGGGCGGGCUGCCCGAGGAGGUGUGCACGGUGGUGGCGGACCCCGAGUGUCGCACGGCCGAGGAGGAGCGCUGCUCGCCGGUGUCGCCGUCGCCGGGCUGCGAGCUCGUGCUGCGCCAGGACUUCAACCGCUCCGGCCUCUUCUGCCUCAACGUGUCCCUGGCCAACGGCAACGGGCUGGCGGUGGCCACCACACGGGUGGCCGUGGGAGGAGCCGCUCCUGUCACCGGCCGGACCACGCUGUUCGUGGGGCUCGUGCUGGUGGCGGCCGCCCUGGGCACGGCUGCGUUCACCUACAGACGAGUCAAGUACACGGCGCUGCCCCCCCCCGCGCCCCCCGCCCGGGGCUGGCUGUCCCCAAGUGUCACCGGUGUCACCGUGCGGCGGCUGCUGCAGCGCGCCCUGGGGGGGUCCCCGAGCGGCGAGAGCAGCCCCCUCCUCCGGGGACACUCGGUCUAGGGACCCCCGACCCAAAAGCAGCCCCCAACCCCAGCCCCGAGCCCCCCCCGGAGCUGGGGAAGGCCUUGGGGACACCCGCGGUGGCCUUGGGGACACCCGCGGUGGCUUUGGGGACAACGGGAAUAAAGGCGCAGAUGUGC